AAUACCAUAGUAAAUUAAGAGCUAUACACCAUACUACAUACAUAUCUGCAAAAUCAUGGCAACAAUAAAAGUGCACGGAAGCCCUAUCUCAACGGCCACCAUGCGGGUUACUGCAACUUUGUAUGAAAAGGAGCUUGAAUUUGAGUUUGUAAGCAUUAACAUGAGGAAUGGUGAACACAAAAAGGAACCCUUCAUAUCACUCAAUCCAUUUGGUCAAGUUCCAGCUUUUGAAGAUGGAGAUUUAAAACUCUUUGAGUCAAGGGCGAUAACACAAUAUAUUGAUCAUGAGUAUGCUGAUAAGGGGACUAAGUUAACAAGCAGUGACUCCAAGAAGAUGGCAAUAAUGAGUGUGUGGUCUGAAGUGGAAAGCCUACACUACGAUCAAGUAGCAUCAAUACUUGUUUGGGAAUUGGGGAUAAAGACUUUAUUUGGAAUUCCUUUGGAUUCAAAUGUUGUGGAAGAGAAUGAAGCCAAGUUGGAUAUCAUUCUUGAUGUGUAUGAGAAAAGAUUGUCUAAAUCUAAAUACUUGGGAGGUGACUCUUUCACCUUGGUGGAUCUGCAUCACUUACCCUCCCUUUAUUACUUGAUGAAGUCACAGAGCAAGAAAUUGUUUGAAUCAAGACCUUAUGUUAGUGCUUGGGUGGCUGAUAUCACUGCAAGACCAGCUUGGUCUAAAGUCCUUGCCAUGAUACCUAAUUAAGACCUUUUUUUUGGGAUAUUUGGGUGUUGUUUUAUGGUUUAAGCAACUUUUUUGUGUGUGCUAUCUCCUAAUUUUUCAUUUUCCAUGUAUGUUGCAAUGGAAAUAAUAACUUUUUUUUUAAUGGAGGAAAUAAUAACUAGUGUUUUUGUUUGUUUUAA